CUAACAAGGACUCCUCUUAUAUAGGUCAACAAAGUUGUACUCUUUCUUCUAUCUUCCCUCCUUUCCUCCUGCCCUUAUAUUUACUGUUCAUCCACCACCUCUGUGGUUCUGUCCCUUCCUGUUCGUUUCCCUCUAGGAACCAUGGGAAGAAAACCCAUCUUGAGUUUUUAUUAGCUUUUAUUGUGUAGCCGAAUUGAAAAGGGGGAAAGUGAGGGAAAGAGAGAAAGAGAAGGAAAGGAUAGAGAUGGGUUAGAGGGGGGAGAGAGGGUUAAUAAGAUUGCGUUUUUUUAGGGUUUCUGGGGAUUUCAGUUUUUGUUGUUUUUUUGCUUUGGAGUGAUGGAAUUGGGAACAUUCAAUGGCAGUGCCUCUCGGGAGAGGCAGAAAUAUCAGGUUUUGGUGUGGUGGCAGCAGCACAGACAAGAAGAGGAAAUCAGGACGCAGAGACAGAGAAAAGCAACAAAAGGGGUGGAGUCUGGAUCCCCAAAGGAAUCAUCUUCAUCAUCAUCCUCAGGAGCAGCAGCAUCAAACCCUGGUUCUAAAUUCAAGAGGAGGAGAAGGAGAGGAAGAAGAAGAAGAAGAAGACCCACAAAAGCAGUAUUUUCAAAGUCACCAACAGCAGGACCAGUUUUUGUACGCAAGAUUGGAAGCCACCCAAGCAUUGCAGCAACCACCAGCGGCGGCGGCUCCGAAGAAAAGGUCUCACUUUCCGUCUUCUCCUUCAACCUUUGGGCAGCAAGCAACCGAAUAUGCGAGGAAAAUGGAGGAUAGUCACCACCAAGCCGCAACAUCGUCAAGAUUGGGAAUAAGGCACGCCGGCGGGGAGAUCGUGGAGGUGCAAGGAGGGCACAUUGUUCGAUCGACUGGGAGGAAAGACCGCCACAGCAAGGUCUGCACCGCCAAGGGUCCAAGAGAUCGACGUGUCCGGCUUUCGGCUCACACCGCCAUCCAGUUCUACGACGUGCAGGACCGUCUUGGGUAUGACCGACCCAGUAAGGCCGUAGAUUGGCUCAUCAAGAAAGCCAAACCCGCUAUUGACGAGCUCGCCGAGCUGCCUCCAUGGAACCCAGAAACCGUGACGAACACUGUCCGGACAAAAUCGAAUAAUCAACAACAAUCCAAGGAGAACGAUUUUCAGUUUCAUACCCACCAAGGUAACGUGGUUGAGAAUCUCGCUGAAGGUUCUGGAAGCAGCCGGAGGACGGUGACGAUGGUAGGGAGUGAAGUUCAGAAUCUUCAACACGGAGAAAUGGGUGAAAAUCCGAGCAAUAAUUCGAGCUUCCUCCCGCCGUCCUUAGACUCUGAUGCAAUUGCCGACACAAUUAAGUCAUUCUUUCCAAUGGGUGCGUCGACGGAGACGCCAUCGUCUUCGAUGCAGUUUCAGAGUUACCCACCGGAUUUGCUCUCAAGGACCAGCAGCCAGAACCAAGAUCUGCGCCUUUCACUGCAGUCAUUUCAGGAGCCGAUUCUUCUGCACCAGCAAGCGCCGACUCAUACUCACCAGAGUGAACCAGUGCUAUUCCCAGGAAGUGCCCCGCUAGGGGGCUUUGAUGCGUCCUCAGCUGGAUGGGAGCACCACGCACAUCCGGUAGAUAUUGCUCGGUUCCAGAAAAUGAUGACUUGGAACAGUGCUGCUGCAGACACUGGUAGUGGCAGUGGUGGCGGCGGUGGAGGACUAACCUUUAGUUAUCCACAACAGCAGCCGCCGCUGCAGCCUUUUUUCGGCCACAACAACCAGUUGUUUUUUCAGAGGGGACCCCUUCAGUCCAGUAACACGCCCUUAAUUCGUGCUUGGAUAGACCAGCCAAUUACAGCCGCGGACCACCAUCAAAUUCCACAUACUAUCCAUCACCAAUCUGCAAUUUCCGGUAUUGGGUUUGCCUCUUCAGGCGGAUUCUCUGGAUUUCGCAUUCCAGCACGAAUUCAGGGCGAUGAAGAGGAGCACGACGGCAACCCCCAGAAGCCGUCCUCUGCUUCCUCUGACUCUCGCCAUUGAUUGAACAAAGAAAAAGCCAAAGUCUUUUCCUUCUAUAAGGGAUUCUGAUUAUUGAGCAGAAAUUUGAUGAGACCAUGAUAAAAAUUGCUUCUUGACUGCUUUGAGGGAGAUUUUGGUGUCUUGGAAUCAAUGGCCUAAGCACGGGAAGAAGAAAUCUAGAUGAAUGCUUAGGUUUUCCGAUCCCGGGUUUGUUUCGUUUCGUUUCUAUGAUUUCAGUUGAUUGUGUUGUAGUGUAGUUGUAUCUUCGUGGUUUGAGUGAGCCGCUAGAGCUCAACUUUGCUUGCUGAAUUUGCUAUGUAUUUCAUAUUGCUUAACUUUGAAUAUCAUGUAUGUUUGGUGUUAUUGCUGCUGUUGGUAGGAUUUCUAUUAAGAGCAAAGCUAGUUUUUUCUAACCCAGAUUUGAUGCUUU